CGGGGGAGGAUUUCAAACGUAUCAAGUAUGUAUAGAAUUCUCUUUUGUAUGACAACGGCAUAACGUUAUGCUAAUUUCUAAUUGCAAUUUUUAUUAAUUAAACCUCUGGGCCCUUACCCGUGUCAUACAUCCCACGCAGGCCGGAAGAAAACACGAUUAGGGAAAUCUGGGAGGAAACUGUCUGCUGCGAGGAAUUCACGCUAUUUUUGUGUUGGCGUUGGUCUAGAACCUUCCGGCCUUGGAUGUAACUAGCGGCACUCUGGUGCGACAAUUACAAUGCUUUUUCCCUACACGGUCCUAGGCAUCACAGGGGUCCCAUAAGUUACGUGAAACUACUGCUUUAUGUUUCCGACAUGACAUCGUGCUCGUAAGAUUUUGUCGUGAGAUGUUGCCAUGGAGAUAGCCCUAAAAGUCGUCACAUUCGAGGUUUCCGACUCAUAAUAUUUACCUAUCGUGAUUAUGCGAACGCGUCGGCGUUUAGAAGCAUGUCAACCAUGUGCUUGCUAAUAUCUCACGUGGGAGAGCUAAGUGCCGGCCGCCUGUUCAACAACGUCGAUGCUAUCUUUAAGUACACUAAUUUGAGUAAAAAUUCCUUUUUUUAAGAGCAGUGAAAGUUUGCAAGAAAAGUUGUCAAUGUAGUAGUCAAAUUGAAGUAAAAAAAAAAAAAGAACAGUGCUUAGAGGGUAUUGUUUUUAUAGCCUUCUUUCAUUUUGUCUAAAACGUGGAUGGGCUGGUUAGAGGUUAACAGAAGGUUCAAGUUGAAUUUCCGAACUUCGCAAUUGUCCAGUGGUACAAUAGGCAAAAAUAGCCACUUGUAUAAUAUUUCAUAAUAAUAGAUAGAAAUUAAACUCAUAUAAAAUGUUGCCCAUGUAGCUAGGAUACUGUUGCAAAACUGCUAUUGCGAAAGACCCUAGUUUAAAACGCCAAUCAAUUAUCAAACAAGAUUGACAUUUUCGCGUGUUUUGACUGCCUAGGAGGGCGAAUUGGACUCGCCGCAGGUAAAGGAAUCAGUAUAUAUAACCCCACGACAGGGUCGCGCUGUACGCUCAGUCACCUGUUACGAGUGUCGCAAGCAUUGCGAGGCAUUUUCUUCCUCGAGCGUAACCCCGGCAUCCUAUAGCUAUUACAACUCGCACGUUCAUACCGACCGACUUGAUUCUUCCUUGAAGGUGCUACGAGCGAGCACGCCAAUCGCCUUAUUGGAUUUGUUGUCUUUUCUAAAGAGGUAUUAUCAGUAGAAGGCCUAAGACAAUAUACAAAACCUAUAUUUAGUUAGAGAAAAUAUAUUUCAUGCUUGAUUUAUGCUGAUUAUAAACGCGGCCCAUGACAUAACUGCGUGGACCGGUUCUAGCGACACAACGACCUGACGACGAUUUGAAUAACAGCCCCGAAGAGCCGAGUAACACAGAGUAAGGGAACUUUUAGGGCACGCGAUAAGUAGAGCUUGCCGUUACCUUAAUAACACUUAAUAUGACAUCAUUUGCGGACAGUGCCAAGAAGAUGCCGCGUGUAAGCAAUGGGUUCCAUGAGAAGAGCAUCGCUAAGAACUCAACUCAAGUUAAGGACCAGAGCGUCCCACAAAUCCCUGAAAUCAUCACCAACUUGAUGUUCGGGUUCUGCGGAUCGCAAACGCUUUUCACCGCGUGUGAGUUGGGUAUAUUCGAUCUUCUUCACGCCUCCAACACUCCUCUCUCCGCGAAUGCCAUCGCCAAGGACCUGUCAACAGACGUUGACGCGACGGGCAGACUUCUCGACGCGCUAGUGUGCUUGGAACUCCUAGAGAAAACCCCAGCCUCUCCUCCCGUAUACAUGAACACUCCUACCACGGACCGAUUUCUGCUGCAGUCCAGUCCAAAUUCCGUCAAACCCUGUAUGCAAUUUGGAGGCACGGUACUGUAUCGGCUAUUCAGCAACUUGACAUCCGCGGUACGGGACGGGAAUAAUCAAUGGGGGAGGACCUUUAAUGGCUCCACUGCAGGGGACUUCUUCAAGUCUGCGUACGCCACAAGAGAGGGUGUCAUCAGAGUUCUAGAGGGCAUGAGGGGCACGUCAAGACCCGUAGCUCCGCUUGUGGUCACUGCGUUCGACUUGAGUUCUUUCGCCACCAUGUGCGAUGUCGGAGGGGGUACAGGAGACCUUGCAUACGCCGCAAGUAAUGCCUACCCAGACAUGGCAAUCACCGUCUUGGACCUCCCCCCUGUGGUACAAUGCUCACCUCAUUUCCGCCCCUCCAUGGAGGAGUGCCCCAGGCAGGAGAACGUCACGUUUGUACCUGGAGAUUUCUUCCGUGAAGAGCUUCCUCCGGCGGACCUGUAUGUGUUGACUCACACUAUACACGACUGGGGGGAGGACAAGAUAGAAAUGCUCCUAUCUAAGGUUUUCAGGAGUCUUCAGCCAGGCGGCGGACUACUGAUUGGUGAAAUCCUUUUGAGUGACAGGAAGACUGGGCCAUUCCAAGGAGUCAUGGCAUCGCUAACCAUGUUAGUGCUUUGUGAUAAGGGUGCGAGAGAGAGGUCCGAGCAGGAGUACCGGGAUAUCCUAGAAAGACACGGUUUUAUUGAUAUUCAAGCUAAGCGAACAGGGACUGCAUUUAUGGAUGCAAUAUUGUGCAGAAAACCUUGAGAUUUUUAAUUCAAAAAUGAUGUGUAAAAUUUUGAAAGAAAAAGGGAUUUUCACAUUACUCCUAAAUCGCUAUUUCUUCUGGGGAUAAUAUAUCUGUGAAUUGAAUUUUAAUAUCAGAUUUGCCACAUCUACCGGAUCUAAUAUUUAAUUUGUUUUAUUCAAUCCUGUAAUUUUUUUUCUGUUUCGAGGUGAUGUCAGCAAUUUCGAUUGGAAAUGAAAAAUUAUAUAGAGAAAUUCAUCAUCGAUGAGGGAAUUUCACGGUAAAUUUUACGCGAAAAACGAUAUCGCACGAGUGGCGCAGCGACGAGAAUUUCUUCCUAAACAAGUUCAUUCAUCCGUACCAAAACAUAGUUUGAUGAGAACUUUGAUUUUUUUCAGCUAGGCGUAAGUUGAAAGAUGACUCGCGUUGUGAAAAAUUUCGCGGUACAACUGUGCUUACAUUGAAUUCCCCUUUUCAACUAUUGAAUUCGCGCGUAAGAGUUUGACUAUAAGAAUUCAUGGGGGUAAAGGUUUGAUAAGUCUUUUUUUUUUCAUUUUCAAAAGUUACAGAUAAAUAACAAAGCGUGGAACGAAAGAAGAUCUGUUUCAAACUAUAUAAUAGAAUGGACGCUACAGGGGAAUUGGUGGGGAUGUUUUGGAUAAUAAUAAAUAAAACACACGAGUUUAUUCUCUUUAUUUUAUUAAAUACACAAAGUAUGCUUCAAAAAAGUAUUAGACUAUGUACAAGCAGAGAAUUAAAAAAUUGGUGGGUGUUGAUGUGAAGGAAAUAGUAACACCAUGUUUUUUUCUCAAUUUUACUUAAUUUCUUAAUUCAUUCUUUAUUGAGACAAAUUACCAUGGUGCUACACUUCUCCAUCACAUUCAAACCCAUCCAUAGCCCAUCAUAAGCAUCAUUAGACUCCAUUUCCAGCCGUCAAUAGCAUUGCUGUCAACUCAACCGCAUUAGGCGGUUGUCACAAGAUUUUGGAUCUCAUCACAAGCCCUAAUUUUUGAGAGAAUUUCCAUACAUUCUCUGUAUUCAUCCGCAUUGGCUCUCUUGGUUUUUUCACUAUUUACUGUAUUUCACCCGAUUUGACAAGAUUUCUGUCCAAGUUGGGUUGACAGCUAUGCACUAGGACUCCUCAGCAAGUAAUGCAGGUCUCACAGAAACGAGCUGUAAAUCGAGCCUACAGAGCCUAGGGAACCAAUAAAAGUUUUUCAAAAAUAUAAGAAAAUAAGCUAUUUACAGAAUAGCGUCAUACAUUCAAAGCCUGUAAACAGCAUUUCUGGAGCAACUCACUUGCUCUCUUUAAAAGAAUGAAAUCAAAACUGGAGGUACUUUUUUCAUAAAAAAUAAAAAAAAUGAACUGGUGAGAUGAAAAA